CUCCGACCUCCGUCUCUCAAAGCGUAGAUUAGGAAGGCAUUACGUUUCUCUGAUUGACUGUUCUUUUAAUGUCGCUGCGCAGUAAGCUGCUGACGCUGGUGCUGGUGCGGGACGUGACCCGUUCCCGAGUCCUGCUCGGCCUGAAGAAGCGUGGCUUUGGCGCCGGCAAGUGGAAUGGGUUCGGCGGCAAGGUGGAGCCAGGCGAGACAGUGGAGGAGGGCGCCAGACGGGAGCUGCUGGAGGAGAGCGGCCUGUGCGCUCAGGAGCUGCUGCCGGCCGGACGCAUCGAGUUCGAGUUCGAGGGCGACCCCUGCCUGCUGGAUGUCCACGUGUUCACCGUGGAGAAGUUCAGCGGCGAGCCACAGGAGACGGAAGAGAUGCGGCCGGCCUGGUACCAGGAAGCAGACAUUCCCUUCGACAAGAUGUGGGUGGACGACAUACACUGGUUUCCAUUCGUCGUCGAACGGAAGCUCUUCCGCGGGCGCUUCCUUUUUCAAGGACACGACACCAUUCUCAAACACUCCCUGCAGGCUGUGGACAGUUUAACGUGA